AAGUUCAGUUCAAUGCCGCUUGUAGGGCAGCACUCUUACUCACUUUUAUUUAUUUAAAUAAUUUAUUAACGCUCAGGCGGCGUGUUGGGUUGUGUUAAUUUGUAGAGCAGUGAUGAAUUAAGUUUCCAAAGUGCAGGGUCCUUAAUGGGAAGUAACCGUCAUGAUGCCCGCAGCUCAGUUUCGUUCAAGUAGUAAAAUGCAGCAGGCUGAAGAUCAAGCUUUUGAGGACGACUCUCAUCACGCAGAAGAGGGCGCCAUCAAUGGUGGCGGUGUGGAGGUCGGCGUCGCCGAUACUGCGCCGCCAACGCCGCGUAUGGACAAACAGGGGAACUCAAUCAGUAACACGGUGGCGGGCGGAAAGAACGUUGCCAGUAAGAUCGAGUCGGACGACGACGACUACGAGGAAGAGCGUGGACAAUUACGCGUCAACAACUUGGCACCAAACGGCGGUGGUGGCGGAUACUGGAGACAAGGAGCGGCCAGUAGGCCCUCCAGUCCUGGUGCCAUCACCAUGGCCGAUAAUGCUAGCGAGGUCUCUUCCAUGAUGCCACCGCCACGUCCUAAGAGUAGAGUCGAAAUAGCCACCAGUCGUUACAGCAAUCUGUCGUACUGGAGGGCGCUUAGAGUUCUAUUCUACAAGAACGGCGACCCUUUCUUUCCCGGAAUCGAGAUUCGUUUCAAACCGGGAAGAGACAUCGGCACUCUGGAAACUUUACUGGACAAGCUCUCCCUUCGCAUGGAUUUGCCACGUGGUGCCCGCUACAUUUUCUCAAUGGACGGAGAUAGAAAAUUUAGACUGGAGGAAUUGGAAGACGGCGCCUCUUACGUCGUAUCGUCCUAUAAAACCUUUAAGCCUGCGAGUUACGGAAAAAAGAAUGGCAUCUGGUACGCGGCGCCCGGAGGUCAAGGUUGGAGCAAAGCUGUCAGUCGGAAAGCUUCAAUUGUUGAGGUGGACGUGCCACCUCCGGGUGGAGGGACCAUCAAACCGAGCUCGGGGAGGGUCAUACGCAUUAUUAACAACAUGGACCACACCGUGCAGUGUCGCGUGCUGUUAAACUUACGCACCACUCAACCCUUUGAAGAGGUGCUCGAAGACUUGGGGCAGGUGCUGAAAAUGAACGGAGCGAAGAGGAUGUUUACCGUGUCCGGCCAGGAGGUGCGCAGUUUCUCGCAGUUGCGUAAUGAAUUCGCCGACGAGGACACUUUCUAUCUGGGAAUUGGUUCGGUUGGUGCAGCCGUGAUGAUGUCGCCCGCUAGAAGAUCGCGUGCACGUGCGCCCCAAGCGGCCGUCGUAGAAGAUCUAAGCAAACAGAGGCGAGCGAGGAGUAAAAGUCGCCCGAGAGCCUUGUACGCGCCGGAAAAUGAAAUAAUUAGGACCAAUGACUACACUCUACUGGAAGUGCUCAAAGAGGAACCUAUCCGCGUUACGAUUAAGGGGCUCAGAAGAACGUUUUAUCCUCCAAUUCACCAUGCGCCGGUCGACAAUACUCCACCGGAUAAGAAAAUGCAGUUGGAAUGGGUAUACGGAUACAGGGGUUUAGACUCGCGCAAGAACCUGUGGGUUUUACCGACCGGCGAGUUGCUCUACUACGUGGCGGCGGUCGCCAUAAUGUACGACAGGGACGAGGAGUCGCAGAGGCACUACAUCGGCCACACGGAAGAUAUUCAAUGCAUGGACCUUCAUCCCUCUCGAGAGAUGGUAGCCUCCGGUCAAAAGGCUGGGAGAAAUCGCAAAACGCAGGCACACAUCCGAAUAUGGAGCACCGAAACGUUGCAAACGCUGUACGUUUUCGGUAUGGGCGAAUUCGAAGUUGGCGUGGCCGCCGUCACCUUCUCGCAGCUGAAUGGAGGCAGCUACGUGAUGGCCGUUGAUGGUGGACGCGAAAGUAUACUGUCAGUAUGGCAAUGGCAGUGGGGGCACCUCCUGGGGAAAGUCGCCACAUUGCAAGAGGAAUUAUCUGGAGCCGCGUUUCAUCCACUCGACGACAACUUGCUCAUCACCUUCGGAAAGGGACAUCUAACAUUUUGGAAUCGACGAAAAGAUGGUUUCUUCGAACGUACCGACAUUAUCAAGCCUCCCUCUCGCACACUGAUCACCAGUUUGCAGUUCGAACAAGAUGGCGAUGUGAUUACGGCAGACAGUGACGGAUUCAUUACGGUUUACAGCGUCGACAGUGAUGGCGCGUAUUUCGUUCGAAUGGAAUUCGAGGCGCACAAUAAAGGAGUGAGCACCCUAAUCAUGCUAUCAGAAGGAACAUUGCUAUCCGGUGGCGAGAAAGACCGAAGGAUAGCUGCGUGGGAUUCCCUCCAAAACUAUAAGAGGAUAACGGAUGCCAAAUUGCCCGAGGUAGCGGGAGGAGUUCGUUCCAUUUACCCACAGCGACCAGGACGAAACGAUGGAAAUAUUUACGUUGGCACGACUAAAAACAAUAUCAUGGAGGGAUCUCUGCAGAGAAGAUUCAACCAGAUUGUCUUUGGGCACAGUCGCCAACUGUGGGGAUUGGCUGUUCAUCCAGACGAUGAGCUUUUCGCAACGGCCGGACAUGAUAAAGUUAUUGCGCUGUGGAGGAAACACAAACCAGUGUGGACUACUCAAGUGAGCUAUGAGUGCAUUUCGUUAAGCUUCCAUCCGUUUGGUGUCGCUUUAGCGUCGGGCAGUACCGAAGGCCAUCUCAUAGUAUUGAACGCCGAAACGGGAGUGGUUACAACAACGAUCAGAGUGUGCGGCUCUCCGCUGAGCAGCGUGGGAUAUAACGCAGCCGGAGAUCUAAUCGCAAUUGCCUCGCAGAAUGGAAGUAUUUAUCUGUUCCGUGUCAGUAGAGAUGGCUUCUCUUACAAGAAAUCUAACAAAAUACGAGGCUCUCAGCCUUUAAUACAGUUGGACUGGAGCUCAGACAGCAACUAUUUACAAACCGUCACCGCCGACUACGACCUCACGUUCUGGGACAUCAAAUCUCUGUCACCAGAAAAAAGCCCCAUUGCAAUGAAAGAUGUCAAAUGGCACACUUACAACUCCUCAGUCGGAUUUUUAGUAUCCGGAAUCUGGAACAACCGAUUUUAUCCCAUGACGUCAAUAAUUAGCACCUGUAACAGAUCGGCGGCGCAUGACUUGUUAGUGUGCGGUGAUGCCGACGGGUACAUUAGGCUCUUCAGGUACCCCUGCUUCACGCCGAAGGCGGAAUACAACGAGGAGAAAGUGUACAGCGGACAGAUCGCGUCGGCCCGGUUUCUUUUUAACGAUCGCAAUAUUGUCACGGUAGGAGGAACAGACGCCAGUUUAAUGCUGUGGGAACUCACGGAAGAAUAGCAGAAAGCUUUCUCCUUCUACUUGCCGGCGAUCAAUCGAGAACCAGUAGAUUACGACGAAUCCGAUUUUGAAUCUGACAUAGAAGCUCCCUUCGAAGUGCUCAGCCUUAGAUACUACUAACGAGUCGAGACAUUUGUACAUACCAAACACCGGUACAGGCCCAUAUAUACCCGGGAUACCGGAUUUUACUUCCAUAUGCACAUAAAAAAAAAGUAUGAAAGUGAUAACGAAUUACCUCAGUAUAGAUCAAGAGAAACAAAAAUAUUUAUUAACGCCGAUCACUGAAACUGUAUCCUUAAGCACGUAUCCAUUACUAAUUUUAGAAAUCGGUGCUUGAAUUGAACUGAAAUGGACCGGUUCGAUUCGUGUGUGCUUGGUGGUACUUUGUUAGGUUGCAGUACCGGUUUGUUGCGGGAACGAAUCGAGCACUGUGUACACUUUUUGAAAUACUACUUUACGCAACAACAAAAACAAACUGCCAGUAGUCUUAAUAAUUACCAUCGUUCUUAGAUAAUCGCAACUUAAUUAAACGCUUUGAGAAUUGUAAUUUUUAAUAAAAUUUUUUGGAAAUUUUA